UCUCCUAAUUGGGAUGUUGCCUAAAUGAGAUAUCACUGCCUUCUGAUAGAAACGCUGCUGCUCCAAUUGGACUGCCGCCUUCUUGUAGAGAUGCUGCUUCCCUAGUUGAGAUCCUGCCGCCAUAUACAAUUCCUGCCGCCUCCUAAGUUUCUGCCGCCACAUACAAUUUCUGCCGCCUCCUAACUUCUGCCGCCUCCCAGGUUUCUGCCGCCUCCUUAGAUCUUGCCGCCUCCUAAAUCCUGCCGCCUCCCAAGUUUCUGCCGCCUCUCAAUUCCUGCCGCCUCUCAAUUCCUGCCGCCUCUUAAUUCCUGCCGCCUCUUAAUUCCUGCCGCCUCUUAAUUCCUGCCGCCUCUCAAUUCCUGCCGCCUCUCAAUUCCUGCCGCCUCUCAAUUCCUGCCGCCUCUCAAUUCCUGCCGCCUCUCAAUUCCUGCCGCCUCCUAAGGUCCUGCCGCUCCAAUGAAUAUGUUGCCGCCAUCCAAUCAAGAUCCUGCCGCCAAAGAUGCUGCCGCCAUAGAAAAGUCCCGCCGCCAUAGAAAAUUCCCGCCGCCACAGAAAGAUCCUGCCGCCUAUUACAGCUAUUGCUGCCUAAUUGAAAUUCUGCCGCUCCUGAUUGAGACGCCGCCUCCCCUGCCGUCCCCUCAUCCAACUGUUGAUGCACCAGGUGAUCGCAGGCAAACAAUGCAAUUUUUUUACUUAUUUGCACAGCAUAGCCCCUUUCCGAUGCACAUGCGCGGUUCUUCAAGGGCUGUAGUCAGUGACUCACGAACCCUGUGACUGCGAACAUGUCUUGAUCACGUGACCAACAUCGUGCACAAUACAUAUAUGAGCGGCACCUCCUGCCGUGCUGCUACAUGACUCAAUCAACUCCUUGCUCAGCAAUCCCUAUCUGUAAAGAAAACAGGUGAAGCUUUCCUCAACUAUGGCUGAAAACUUGGACAACCACCGCGCUGUCCUUCCCGAGUCCGGGAAACGAAACAUACUUGUGACUAGUGCUCUUCCAUACGUGAAUAACGUGCCUCACUUGGGAAACAUAAUCGGGUCAGUGCUGUCGGGGGACACUUUUGCGAGGUACUGCAGAGGUCGCGGUCUGAACACUCUUUACAUUGGCGGAACGGAUGAGUAUGGCACUACAACAGAAGCGAAGCCGCUUGCUGAGAAGUGCACGCCGCAAGAACUUUGUGACAAGUAUCACGCCAUUCACGCUGAGAUCUAUCAGUGGUUUAACAUCAGUUUUGACAUAUUCGGGCGCACCACAACCCAGCUCCAGACAGACAUCACGCAAGACAUCUUCCUCAAGGUAAAAAAGAACGGUUUUUUACAAGAGCGCCUGACAACGCAGCUCUAUUGUCAGGAGCAUGGUUCGUUUCUUGCAGAUCGUUUUGUAGAAGGCGAGUGCCCUAUCUGUAGCUAUGAAGAUGCUCGUGGCGACCAAUGCGACCUCUGUGGCCAGCCCAUGGAACCUCUCAAUCUCAAGAACCCGCGAUGCAAAAUUGACGGCUCCACGCCCAUUACUAGGGAUACAAAACACAUCUUCUUGGAGCUGGAUAAGCUACAACCCGACAUUGAGGCUUUUUUCCAAGAAUCUGCAAAAACUGACUAUGACGACAAGGUCAUAUAUUCCUGGUUCGACGCUUGUAUUGGUUAUGUUUCCAUUACCGCCAAGUACACCGACCAGUGGGAGAAGUGGUGGCGGAGUGAGCAUGUCCAACUGCACCAAUUCAUUGGAAAAGACAACGUCGUCUUUCAUUCCGUCAUCUUCCCUGGUACUCAGAUUGGGACUGGAGAGACCUGGACGAAGCUGCACCACUUAUCGACAACAGACUAUCUAACAUAUGAAGGCGGGAAGUUCUCCAAAUCUCGGGGUGUUGGUGUAUUUGGUGAUUCAGCCCAGAAGACUGGCGUUGCUUCAGAUGACGCUUUUAUAAGCGCCAAUAAUAGUUCGCUUCUGAACAACUUUGGUAAUUUUGUCAAUCGUGUCCUAAAAUUUGUCAAUUCGCGGCACUACAACAACAUUGUGCCAGACUGGACGAAGUACUCUGACGCAUCCCUCGAUACUUGGAAACAAGACAUCAAUAGCCUGCUGGCACAGUACAUCCGCGAACUCGAUGCUGUUAAAACCCGUUCUGCCUUGUCUACUGUCCUCCAUGUCUCCCAACAAGGCAACGCCUUCCUCCAGUCAAACAAAUUGGACAACAGUCUCGCUUUGAACGAGCCUGACAAAUGUGCUGCUGUUAUUGGUCUCGCCAUCAACUUGAUUCAUCUUCUUGCCGCCAUCGUGGCUCCCUACAUGCCAGAUACUGCUAGAUCAAUCAACGCGCAGCUUCGCAUGGAACCGUCUCCAAUCCCUGACCGCUGGUCCGCGGAUUCGAUCCAGCCUGGCCAUGAGAUUGGGAAAGCAGAAUAUCUAUUCAGUCGCAUCAAACCUGAGAAAGCUGAGGAGUGGCGGAAAGCUUUUGGUAGUGAUGAGCGAAGAAAGUAA